AUGAUUGACAUAUCAAUCCUAAUUUUUGCCAUAAUUUCUUCAUUGAUGUUUUGUGGGGGGAAAAAGAAGAAGGCAAGUGGAGGGAAUCCAUCGAUAAAAUCAACGAAAGAUGCGACAACUUCGAAAAAAACUGAUAAAGAAGCAGCGAAUACGAAAAAAGAGGAAGAAAAGAAAAAGAGUGAGAAGAAAGAAAAAAGCAAAAAGGAAGAAGUGGAAAAGAAAAAGGAAGAAGAACAGAAAAAGAGUGAGAAAAAGAAGGAGGAAGAAAAGAAAGAAAAAGAAAAGAGUAAGAAAGAGGAAGUGGAAAAAAAGAAGGAGGAAGAGAAGAAAAAAGACGAGGAUAAAAAAGAGAGUGACAAAAAGAAGGAGGAGGAAAAGAAAGAGGAAGAUGAAAAGAAAAAAGAAGAAAGUAAGAAAGAGAGUAAGAAAGAGAAAAAGGAAAAGAAGGAAGAAAAAGAAGAAGAAAAGAAGGAGGAAGAGAAAAAAGAGGAUGAUAAAAAAGAAGAUGAAAAGAAGGAGGAGGAAAAGAAAGAGGACAAGAAAGAAGAAGAGAAAAAAGAAGAGAAGAAAGAAGAGGAGAAAAAGGAAGAAGAAAAAAAGGAUGAGAAAAAGGAACUUGCACCGCAUGUUAGUAUUGAGGGUGGAAAUACUCUGGAAUUUGUUGCGUCAGCGAAUGAGCAGAAGAAAAUUGUGUUAAAGAAUCGACAUGAUAAGACGAUUAUGUAUAAGAUCAAGAUUUCGAAUAAUAAUGUUUACACGUAGGUUUUUUCAUUGGGUCUCGAAACUAUGAGUUGUGUAUUUCUCUCGGACUACAAUUGUCCAACGUUUCAAAAAGGUUUAUUCCGAAUUCAAAUUUUCCAGAGUCAACCCAGUCUUCGGAACAAUUGAACCUGGAAAGAAUGGCGAAAUUGUUGUCACUCAUAAAACUGCCCCAGCCAAAGAAGACAAAUUGGUCAUUCAAAAUUCGGUUUUCACUGGAAACGAACAAGAUUUGGCGAAAACUUUCAAAGCUAUCAAAUUGACUGGCGGACAAUUGACUGUCAAAAUUAUUGCGAAAUAA